GAUUCCGUCUAUAAACCAAGCUCCGCUUUAGAAAUUGUGGAAAGCGUUCGACAUUGGAAAAUCUUGCUGAAAUUCUGCGGUGUGAAGCUCCAUACUAUUGUACUCACCUCCGAGACGGAUGCGCAGGAGCUCAUUGGGUCAUACGAGCAGGUGGUCGACGAUUCCGCCCUAAUUGAUGCCAAAGCAACUUUAUGCGAACUUCUGGAGAAUCACGUUGACACAGCUGUGCUAAAGAAAUUGAAUGAUGCAAAUGAUGUGACAGAGUUGGAAACGAUGGCUGAAAUGGUGCUCAUUGAUAUGAAGGAGAGCCACAGCAGUAUCGUAGACGAGUGUCGAGAAGCAUUAGUUUACGCUGCCCGAUCAGCAAUGCGAUUCGAGUGGAUCGACAGUCCGUUUGUUCGUGCGUACUUGGACGGUCAUUGGUUGUUGAUAGAAGAUGUGAAUCUGUGCAGUGCUGCUGUGUUGGAUCGUCUCAACAGUUGUUUGGAAAGUGAUGGACGCCUCGUGGUAUCAGAGCGUCAAUCUUCUUUCGAACCAUUGAAGCCUCAUCCUAAUUUCAGAGCCUUCCUCUCAAUGGACGCUCGUAACGGAGAAAUUUCACGAGCAAUGCGAAAUCGUAGUGUGGAGAUAUUUGUGACGACGCAGCAGCAGUGGAAUUUGAAUCCUCCUGAUAUAGCUGCUGUUGUUUAUUCACAUGGGAAAACAAUUCCAACCCAGAUCUCGCAGGCGUUGACUUCGCUAUCGGCUGAGAAACAGCUACAUUUUUCCGCGCUUCUGAGUGAAAUAUCGCUUGAAGAAGCAUGUCGUAUAGUAGGCCUUCAAUGUAUGGAAACGGACGUUGAUUUGCAAAUUAGUCCAAUAGCACCUUUUAUUGAAGAAAUUGAUACGGAUGGG